UGAAUCUCUCUCAGCCUACACAAUCUCCUGGCUCAACCUCGGGCUCAGUAAUGUUGGAUACGCUGCGAGAGUGAUCUCUACCUUCCACACACACUCUGCGAACACCUGCUCAAGGACACACACAGCACACACUUGGCCAUCAUGGAGGAGGCUGACCUGCUGAAGGAGAGGCUCCAGGCCAUCACAGACAAAAGAAGAAUCCAGGAGAACAUCGCCAUGAAAAGGAGACAGAUAGAAGAGGAGAAACUAAAACUCCAGUACAUAAAGAAGAAAUCCCUGAGGGAGCAGUGGCUAAUGGAUGGUCUGAGUCAGCAGUCAGAGGAGGAACAGGAGGCCUUAAGGCUUCAGGCUCAUGACGAACAGCAGCAGAGUGAUCAGCUGCAGAGCAACAUUGUCAGAAUAGAGAAGGAGAUUGAGGCAUUGGAAACAGAAGAGCUCAACAUCUCUGCCAAUGAAGAAGUAGUCCUGAAGCGGUUAAAAGAGGUGGAGAGGACGGCUGAGGACAUUAUCAAGAAAGCUACCUCAGUGGAUUUAGAGGCAGAUGGAAAAGAACUGAACGAAGGCUGCAGCAUAACUGAGAAUCACAACUCUUUCUCCAUCACCAUGGAAACCACUGAACAAUCAGAGCUGCCAGUGGACUAUGAAGUGGAGGUCGCUGUGGGUGAUUCACCUGAGCAGGGGAAGGAUUUCAGUGCAGAUGAAGCGCAUGUUUGCACAGAAACAUAUACAUCAGAAUCCCCAGGGGAAAACACAGUGCUUGACAAAUUAUUAACUGACCAGCCAACUGACACAAUUGAGAAUGACAAGCCUGACUGCACUGUGACCAGUUUAAGCACUGAAAUGCCAUGUCAGGAUCAGAAGGAAGCUUUGAUAUUAGAACAAGGACACGAAGAGCUCAAUAGGAAUGAAUCAAUCACCUCAUCUGUGUCUGACACACUCUCUAGUGCUGACAGUGUUUAUGAGAAUGAGGCACAUCGUAAGAGGCAGGACACGCCAGAACAAGAUCCUGAGCAAGAGCAAGUCCCUGAGCCAGAGCAGUAUCCCGAGCCAGAGCAGGACCCUGAACCAGAGAAAUACCUUGAUCCAGAACAAGAUGGUGAACGAGACCAAUACCCUGAUCCAGAGAGAGACCCUGAGCUGGAUAGCUACCCUGAGCCAGAACAAGACCCUGAAGCCGACCUGUACCCUGAGCUGGACCACAACCCUGAGCUAGAGUUGUACCCUGAGCCAGAGUCUGAUGCUGAGGAUAAUGCGCUAAAUCCUGAAAAUGAUGGCUAUCAAAGUCUUGUUAUAGACACAGAGGAAGAACCAGAGGCUCAUGACAUCUUAUUUGAACCACCCAUUACAGACGAGACAAUAUUAGAGCAGCUUAUUAGAGAAGAGGCAAUGUCAGAUGCGUCCAAUGAGUCCUACCAUGAUCUCGACCCUGAUGAAAUAGAAGAGUGCCUGAGAGUUGAGAUUGCAGCGACUUCCUCGGAUAGUGAGGCAGACGAAAAAUGGCGAACAAUAUUCUCCUCAUCAAUAAAUAAAGAAGAUGAUGACUCAUAUUUAGACAGUCUUCAACUCAGUGCCCAGGAGCUCUUUGUGCAGAAAGUUGAGGUGACAGACUUUGAAGAUUCAGACAACAAUUUAGAGGAAGUCUGUUUUCAGGUUCCAGUGGAAGAAGUUCUGGAGCAACCAGAGGAUAUAAUUUCCUGUCCUACUGCUCCACAAGAGGUUAAAUAUAACCCUUUAGGCCUUCAAGGUUUGUCCAAAAUCUCUGAAGAUGAGGGUGAAAAUAGCAAAGAUUCCAAUCACAACCAAAACACCCACCAACAGCACAUCAAUGCAGAUCAAAACAAGAAGCUACCUAAAGACUUCUGUGUGAUACAGGAAACCAGGAGCGAGAAUGUUAGCACAGAACAUGUUGACUUCCAAUUGGCUCGUAAGCAGUGGAAGGAAAUGGAGGAGCAAACCAUGAAUAAGAUUGUUUUACCUACAACGAAGCAGCCCAGCUUCCAUGGCAGCCACAGCUUCAUGUACACACCAGUCCGGAACAUUGAAAGAGCCCAGAAAAAGACCCAUGUUUUGGAGAACUUGAAUCUAGUUGGGGAUUAUCCUCAAACCCAAUUCAGCCCUUGCUCAGAGGAUUCCGGUCUGGAUGAUUCCAGUUACAGGUCUCCUUACGAUGACCCAGAAACACCAGUUGACAGGGAAAUUCGCUUAUCAAUGGAGAGGGAGGAAAACUUUAGAAGAGAGAGGGGCUUCUCCAGGAUGGGCAAAUCAACUGAUUGUGCUCCAUCACGAAGUAUCCCGAGGUCCAUAAGCACACCACUCACACCAUCAUUCAUCAUCACCUCCUCACCCACUAAGGAACCGCUGAAACAUGAAGUGUCAGCAAACAACGUUAUCAUUCUUGACCCUAGCACUGAUUUCAGCUCCAGCCCCCGACAUGGCAAGGAUAACGUUGCAGCUCUGGCUGGCGACUGGCACUCUGAGGACAAAAGCCCCAAUGUCAUCAUCUUAGAGACAUCCAAUCUGAUUAUUCGCAGUGCCUCAGAGUUUUCCCUCAACAAGUCCUGUGAGCAGCCCCAGGAAAAAAUGUUCCUAAACAACCCCUUUUUCAAGUUGCGUUCAAGAAGCUCAAUAUCACUGGUGGAUGAAGAGAUCAAGAUGGUUAAGCAGAGGGAGGAAGAAUUGAGGAAAGAGAGGGCAAAUCUGUAUGGCAAAGACAGGUUCAAUACAGAAAGGAUGCUGUCAAAUCACAUGGACACUUUGGCAUUUGACAGUUCAGUUGAUGUGCCAGUGAAGUGCAAGUCCUCCCCAUCAUCCCCAAUGAAAACAGCCUACAGGAUGGAUCGCUCUGCUUUAUCCUGUGAUCACAGAUUUCCAGAGGUCUACACUGGAGGAAGACGCAAGAGUGCCAUGGCUCUGCGCUGGGAGGCGGGCGAGUUCACAAAAAAUGAAUGAAGAGGAACUAGUCAGUGGUUUGCCAUAUAUGGGCAUCAAUUGUCAGUGUUAUACUCGUUCAAGUUAGAUGCAGUGUUGCAAUUGUUCGUUUCAUGAUGUGAAAUAACCUAAAUUCUCUGCUUCUGUGAUGCUUUUGUCAAAACCAGCAAGGCGAUGAGAAUGUUUGUUGCAACACUAAUUUGUACAAAAUCCAUAAAUAACUAAUACACACUACUGUGUGUUUUAGUUCUUUAUGGAUUCUGCAUACUGUACCAUAAAGAUCAAUAACACUUGAUUCUAACUAGAUGGCAUUAUUUCCAAACACCAAAUUUGAAAUGCCCUUUCACUUCUGAAACAAAGCUAAUAGCUGGAAUACUGCUGGUUUUAGCUCUCAUAAGGCUACAACUUCUACUACUUGUUGGAGUAGUAAUGUUUAUUUCAAGAUUGAUAAAGACAGUGCUGAUGCUCACUUUCUAUUUAAACCAACAUAUGAAUGAACAGUACCAAUAUUUUGAACUAUAGCAAGUAGUGGUGGUAUAAAUGGACAAACCAUUUCUGAUUGUUGCAGGUAUCUUAAAAAAACGCACUUUACAGAAGCAAACCCAGGUUUAUGUGUCAUGCAAUAAUUUACUUUAACUGCAUGCCUCAUUCUUGAUAAUCCCUUGCCUACUGAAGAACUAUUUCAAAAGGUCUAAACUAGAAGCACAGAAGCUCAAAAAACUGCAAGUGGAUAUAAUGAAUAACAAAUUUUAAAAGCAUUAUUCUCUGAUUACUGUUUUGGCCUUAUCUAUAAGAACAGAAGUAAAAGGUAACACUGUAUCUUAAUACACUACUCAUAUGCUGUAUGUAGAUAUGAGUCGAAUGUGCAUUGAGGAUUCUGACUUGUCAGGUUAGAGUUACGGUAAGGUUGGGUUGAGAAUAAAGAUGUAUCAAUUUUUUUAAUUUUCUUAUGUAUGUAUGUAUGUAUGUAUGUAUGUAUGUAUUUAUUUAUUUAUUUAUUUAUUUAUUGUGGAUCACUUAGGGGCAGCAGAAACAAGCCAUGAAGUGGAACUUCACCAAAACAAAGUUGCCAGCCAUAUAAAACCAAACCAUGAGCUUAUAGAUCUUAAAAUGUCGCAUACAGCUGAUGGAAACUGCCAGGAUAAAGUGUAGGCAGUUAACAUUUAUGAAAGCCACAGAUGUGUUCAAAUUUGUGCAUGUCAUAGGCUAUGACACAUAAUGACACAUCUACAGUAUGCUCUUAUUACAAGUUUAUUACUUGACUUUCAUCACUUUCAAUGUUGAACGUGAUAGCAGAGGAGUUAAGAGCGACAAGCCUACCAAGCCAGUGACCAUAGUACGUGCCUGCGUUUCAACAUUUGUAAGUAUGAAACUACUUGAUAUUUGUAAGGAGACCAUGUUGUUGAGUGACAAAACCAGUUGUUUUCAACGAAACCUUGUGACGUCUCCAGUUGUGUUUGUGAUGUUUUUGUAACCCUAGAAAAUGUCUUCAAACCAACAUAUAGUAAUGUAACGUUGCAACAUAAAGAAAUAUAAAGUUUAAACUUCUCCGUGGUUUUGCAGAAAUGUGCUUUGAGAACAUUUGUUCUGGCAGAAGGGUGAAUUGAUCACUCUGACUUGACACCUUUCAUAUUACUCGUAGUCAUUUGAUCAAUAGAAAUUAUUAAAAUAAUGAAUUUUGCAGGGGACCCACAAAUUGAUGGGGAAACAAAUUUUGACAAUACCAACAAAAAAAUAGUAGCAACAGUGAACAUCAGAAAUAUCAUUUUGCUAUGGCUCAGCAAGGAUCACUGAUUGGAGGAAGCUAAAUAUUUGCUUCAGCUAAACAUUACAAUGCAUUUGUACACACAGGGACUAGGUUGUUUUGCAUCUCAUCCUUCGCAGUGUAGCAAGAAGGUUCGUCAGAUUGGAAGAGAGAGUGACCAACAAUCUUUCAACACACAUAUGACAUGUGGAUAGACUUGCAAAACAGCUAAUAAUGUACUGACAGUAAACUGAAAGUAUUUGUGAGACAUUUUUUUGCUGAGAUGGCUGACUGUCAGAAACAUGUAUUGUUGACUCCACUCUUUGCUACACUUUUCUUGAAAUAAUUACUCUAAAUCAGAUUGUAAAACAUAUUUUGAUGCUAUUGUAUGUCUUGAUAAAGCAAAUGGUACAUUGCUCAGUGUAUAUUAAUUGUAUUUUCAUACUAUGCUUUCAUGCUGCAAAUGAUAUUUCAGGGUGAGCUGGAUGGGGAUAAAACAGCACAAUAUACAAAAUAUAUCAUGUCAAUACAUUUUAGUUGGAAAAUAUAGUUCACUCAGAUGACUCACAUAGUGGAUGUCAAGAUUUUACUGAGAAUAAAAUAUAAAUAUUUUUUUCCAUGGUGGUGAAGCUGUCAGCACUCUCACCUAACAGCAAGUACAGUUGCAGACUGGAACCUGCCAGCUGGCAUGGAUGUCUGAAAUCUCAUAUCAGUGUUUUGGAAAUUCCAAAUAUUAAAAUAAUGUAAAGUUUUUUAGUCUUCAUACGAUACAAUAAAUUAAUGUUCUCUUCAAGUGAAGCUACAUUGUCCAAACAUUAACAUCCCUUUGAUGUUCAAUCAAAUUCUGAUUUCUGUCCCCAACAUUUAGCAAUUCAUUCAAUUUUUAGGUAACAUGGACAGGUAGGCUAGAAUUUAUCUUAAAGCUUCUUUUCUUUGUUGUUCCCUUUAUUGGGAAUUUUCUGACCACAUAAAAAAAAACUUUCUCUUGAAUUUUAACCUUGGUACCAGAUUUUAUUAAAGAAAUGGUUAUCGUUGUCUACAAAGCCUUGACAUUUCCAGCUUCUCUGAAAAUCAUCCUCUAAGAGCUUGGUACUUUCUUGAUCUUAGAUUCAACUGACUUUAAACAACAUUGUUUUACAUCUCAUGUUUGUAUGCUUCAAUGUUAAAGUAUAGCUUACAAAUCUCAAGGAUUGCUUGCUUAUGUUUAAACAUCUGUGAAAAGCCCCUGUCUGCCAUGAUGUUUUGGUGCUUAUUUGGCUCAUUAUGACUAAAUAUGAUAUAUGGGGCUUUUCCUUUUGUGUUCUUCAUGCAAGUACUGAAGAGAUUGGUGUGUGCAACAAUAAAAGAUGUAUACGAAGAAUG